UAUUUUAAUUUCUCUGUUGGGAGAGUUUGUUAGAUAUUCCUGUAAACUCAAUUUUCAGGGUUAGAAGCUACAAUUCUUAGUAGCAUUUCUUUUUUUAAAGUUAUUUCACUCAAUGCUCGAGGGUUAAGGAACAACACUAAAAGAAAGGCAACUUUUUUAUACAUUAAAAAUUUUAAAGCGGAUUUCUGUUUUAUCCAAGAAACACAUUCAACUGCAAAUGAUACCAAAUUCUGGAAAAGUCAGUGGGGGGACGAAAUAUGGCUGGCACAUGGCACUACUCAAUCAGCAGGAGUGGCAAUAUUACGAAACAACUUCAGGGGAGAUGUAUUAUGUUCACUCUUAGAUACAUGUGGGCAUUUUGUUUUAUUAGUUAUAUCAAUAAAUGAAGAAAUGUUUUUGUUGAGUUCGAUAUAUGGGUACAAUACCAAAGCAGAAAAUAUGCAACUUUAUGAUAGAUUAAGUAACGGGGUAAAUCAUUUAUUGGGAAAAUAUCAUAAUAUGAAUAUUAUUAUUGGUGGGGACUUCAAUUUAACACUUAAUGAUACUUUAGAUAGAUUUCCUCCAAAAGCUAAUACAAAUCCAAACACAGUUCUAGAAAACUUUAUGUCAACCUUUGGCCUGACUGAUGUAUGGAGACAAAAAAAUAAUUCCAAAGUUGAAUUUACGUGGCAAAACAAAACAGGCUCCUUUAAAUCAAGAAUUGAUUUCUGGCUUGUAUCUGAUUUAAUAGCUGAUGAAAUUAAGUCAGAGAUUCUUCCAGCCCCUUUAUCAGACCAUAAGCUUAUUUUAAUUGAAAAAACUAAAUUAAACCAGUUUGGAAAAAAUAAAAUUACAGCUUACUGGAAACUCAACUCUUUACUGUUAGAAAAUAAAACAGUAGCAGAAAACAUUAAACAAACAAUUAUAAAAUAUUGGAAUACAGCUCAAAGUCAGAAGGAAUUUAGUAAAAAUUGGGAACUCCUAAAAUAUGAACUUCGAAAAAUGUUAAUGAAAACUGGAGCUGAGAUUGCUAAAAGAAAAAGAAAAGUAGAAUCAGAAGUAGUAAAAGAAAUUAUCUUACUGAACAAUGUUCUGCCAGAAAAUUUAUCUGAAGAACAAAAGAUUAGAUUAAACCAUUUACAGCUGAACCUGGACAAUAUUUACAUUUCCAAAGCUAAAGGGGCGUACAUCAGAUCAAGACAGAAAUGGUUAGAAGAAGGAGAAAAAAACUCUUCUUAUUUUUUUAGAUUAGAAAAAAAACACCAAAUAUCUAACAGUAUUAUGAAACUUCAAAUCAAUAAUAACAUCUGUGAAGACCCUGUUCAAAUCUCUUCUUAUUGCGAGACUUUUUUCCAAGAACUUUAUCAAUCAAAAUGUUCUGAUGAAACUAUCACACAAUAUAUUAACUCUCUGAAUAAAAUGCAAAAAAUUAGUUUGGAGGAAAGAGAGGGAGAGGACAUCCGCACAAGAGUGGUCCACAUUCUCCAGAAAGUUGUCCCUGACCUAAAAGGAAAAACUGAUGAUGCGGUGGACAUGGUACACAGGCUUGGAAGGAAGACCGACAACAGAAAAAGACACGUGAUUAUUCUCUUCACCCACAGACGAGUGAAAGAAGACAUCUGGAAGAGAAGCAAAGGCUCGGCAGUUUGUAAGGAAGCAGGGAUCCAGUUUGCUAAAAUGAUGCCAAAAGAAGACCUGGAGGAGAGGAGAAGGCUGUGGCCACAAAUCGAGCAGGCCAGGCGAGCAGGGAAACAAGCCUUUUUCCCAGGUCCUCACGGCUUCAUUGAGGGACGCAGGAUUGGAAACGGCUAA